UCAAUGAGCAGAUGAAGACUGACACCAGGGCUAAAUAGUUUAAGUACAUGUGAAUGUAACGUAGAAUGUUUGCCUCUGCCCUAUGUGUGCGGAGUUUGCAUGUUGUCCCCGUGCUUCAGGGUUUCCUCUGGGUUCUCCAGUUUCCUCCACCAGUCUAAAGACAUGUUGUAGGCUGAUUGGCAUCUCCAAAUUUUCCAUAAUGUGUGAAUGUGUGUGUGCCCUGCGAUGUUUUUGCAUCCCUCAAGGUACACUCACAUACCCAUUAAUACACUAUGAACACUUUGGACAUCAGCCUUCCAUGCAUGUCUUUGGGCUAGGGGAGGAAACCCCCACAGCACGGGGAGAACAUGCAAACUCCAGACACAUAGUGCGGUGGCGGGAAUCAAACCCCCAACCCUGGAGGUGCAAGGUGAACGUGCUAAACACUAAACCACUGUGUUUGUCCAUUCAUCCAUCUUCUAUACCACUUAUCCUCUUCAGGGUCACGGGGAAACCUGGAGCCUAUCCCAGGGAGCAUCAGGCACAAGGCAGGGUACACCCUGGACAGGGUGCCAUCGCAGGGCACACUCACAUACACACUCAUUCAUACACUACCGGCACUUUGGACAUGCCAAUCAGCCUACCAUGCAUGUCUUUGAACUGGGGGAGGAAACCGGAGUACCUGGAGUAAACCCCCACAGCACAGGGAGAACAUGCAAACUCCACACAAACAGGGCCACAGUGGGAAUCGAACCCCGGACCCGUGAGGCAAACAUGCUAACCACUAAGCCACCAUGCCACUAAACCACUGUACAAACCACAAGAUUCCUCUGAAAAGAGGAAUCAGUUAGGAUCAGUUGUAACAACUUACACCGCUCUUCGCUAACCAUGCUUUCACACCUCUGUCACACAUACUCCAUCCUUAGCACAUAUUAUUUGUCCUGUUUACUUUGAUUAUAGCUUGAAUGUUUCUUUUAUCUUAUUUUUCUCUGUCCAGUCAGCUGCAAAUGCAUUUAACUGUACUGUUUGGGUUUGCUUAGUCUUAAAACCAACAAUUAUUUAGUCUCUCUGAGAAUUAAGAUGGUGUUUAUAGUGGCAGGAAGACAGCAGUGACAGUUCCGCUGCUAUUCCUCGGAGGUAUUUGUGUCUGAAGUCAAUGAGAAGUGGAGCAGAGUCUAUGAGGGAAGUGGAGCAGAGUCUAUGUGGGAAGUACCCCAUUACAGUACAGGAUGUGGAGUCAGUCACGAACCCCUCAGUAGCUUCUCACUCCAGCAGCGAGGAAAGUUGCCUCAUUUCCAGGAUGGAAAUUCCAACCGUGCUCUUAUUGCUAGCGGUCCAGAACUGUCUCACCAGUGGAAAGAGGGACAACGAGGCCCUGAAACCUACAGAUACACAGGCCAGGUACCAGAAUCAGACUGAGAACACCAGGCUUCUGGAUAUCAACUACAGACAGAGCAUUUCUACUAGAGACCUGACCUCUAGCCCAACUGCCAGCCAUGUUAAUGAUCUAGUGCCUGUGAAGGGUCUCAGCUUCUCCUGUGCUGUAGGAUACACUCAGAAAGGGAUUGCAGAGUGUCAGGAUAUCAAUGAGUGUGAGCAGGGUGGCGAAGGACCUUGUGGCUACAACAGCAAUUGUACCAACACCCCUGGCUCCUUUGUGUGUAGCUGCUUUCGUGGUUAUCUGAUGAGUUCCAGUGGUUGUCAGGAUAUAGAUGAGUGUGCAUUAGCUGCAGUAACUGGUCUACAGGCGUGUGGGCGAAAGGCGGUGUGUAAGAACAGCCUUGGUUCUUUCCAGUGCCACUGUCCUACUGGAUUUGUCCUUGGACUUGAUGGACACAACUGUGUUGAUGUUGAUGAGUGUACUUUUGAAGAGAGCUGCAGGAGGGAGCUUGGGAAUGUUUGCUUGAACACAGAGGGAAGCUAUAAAUGUGUGUGUCAACCUGGCUUCAGAGAAGACAAGGCAGCCUGCAUAGAUGUUGAUGAGUGUGUUGAGCUGGAAGGGGUGUGUACUAAUCAAGGGGAAUGUGAGAACACGUUUGGGAGCUAUAAGUGUGUGUGUUCACAUGGAUACCGUGGAAAUGGGACCCACUGCACAGACGUGAAUGAGUGUGUCUCAGGGCUUCAUAACUGCGAUGUGAACGCUCGCUGUGGAAAUGUGAUGGGCUCAUACUUCUGCCAGUGCCAUCAGGGCUACAGUGGAGAUGGUCACUCCUGCUCCGAUAUAGACGAGUGCGCUAUAAGCAAAGGCCUUUGUGAGCAUAACUGUGCCAACUUACCAGGAGGGUAUAGCUGCCUAUGCAAUGCAGGAUACACACUGGCAGAUGAUCUACACAAUUGUACAGAUGUAGAUGAGUGUGGGUGUGGCAAUGCGACAUGCGAGCAACUUUGCACCAACACACCAGGCUCCUUCCUCUGCUCCUGUCAUGCAGGAUAUCAGUUGCACAUCGAUAGACAAAGCUGUGUUGACAUCGAUGAAUGCAAACUGCAGAACGGGGGCUGUUCUCAUAUCUGUACAAACACACCAGGAGGACAUGUAUGCCACUGCCCUCCUCCACUUCUGCUGGGCCACCUCAACUCCACCUGCGUCAACAUCACUUCAUGCGCCUUGCGGAAUGGCGGCUGUGAUCAGUUAUGUUCUCUGGGAGCCGAGGGACGUGUUAAGUGUAGCUGCAGAGAGGGUUGGGAGCUGGCCACUGACCAAAGGACGUGUCUCGACAUUGAUGAGUGUGUGAUGUUUAAUGGGGGUUGUGAACAAGUGUGUGUGAAUCAGGCAGGCAGUUUUAACUGUACCUGCAAGCCUGGGUUCGAACUUCGCACAGAUGAUCCUACCAAAUGCCAACCGGUGUGUGAACCUACAUGCCAGAAUUACGGCGUGUGUGUUGCACCUAAUACUUGUGACUGCCCUCCUGGCUACCCAGGCCCUGGUUGCUCAGCUAUGUGCUCACCACCCUGUGCUCAUGGCGGUACCUGUAUGCGCUGGAACAUGUGUCUGUGUCGUCCUGGCUGGACUGGAGAGGGUUGUCAUACAGCUGUGUGUGAGCUGCCGUGUGGGAACGGUGGUCAUUGUGUAGCUCCUAACGUCUGCCAGUGUCCUUCUGAUUAUACCGGCCUGCAGUGUCUCACUCCUCUCUGUACUCCUCCUUGUCUGAAUGGUGGGACGUGUGUGGAUGUCAACACCUGUAGCUGUGCAGGAGCCUGGCAGGGAGCUCGCUGUCAGAUAGAACCAGUGCUAUGUGUGAAGCCCUGUAACAACGGUGGAGAGUGUGUGGGACUCGACAGGUGUCGAUGCUCCACUGGCUUCACAGGAGAUUUCUGUGAAACAGCUGUGACUAUGCCCUGUGUGCCGCCCUGCCAGCAUGGUGGCACCUGCAGCCCUCAUAAUACUUGCAGCUGUCCAGCAGGAACCAGCGGCCUGCGGUGUGAGAAGUUGACUUGUCCAGUGGUGACUACAGUAGUCAGCAUGGCUCGAGCAGUGCGGAAAGGUUUUAAAGAAAGUUAUGUAGAUCGCUGUGGUCCUUUGGGGGUCCUGCUCUGCACCAAGUAUAGGAUAAACCAAGCACGCGUGUAUUUACAGGCAUACAAAGUGGGAUACAAGAUCCAGUGUCCGAGUAAAACAGGAAUAUGACCCACACAAUCCAAACUACACAUAGCACCACCGACUUACACACAAAUGCACAUAUUUGAUGUACUGUAUUACAUUCCAACGCUUUUAAUACGUCUUUAAACAUCUCUUCAGCACAUGGUUGGGCUAAGGAUUACUUUUUGGAUGAAGUUUCAAACAGUAAGUGUAUGUGUGUGUAUGAAGAUAUUAGAUGUAGACAAUCUAAGUCAUAAGGAGUUUGAUAAGUUGGGCAGCUUUUGGUCUUUACAACUACUGUCUUUCUUGCAUUACAUUAAAUAAGUUAUAAGCCAGGGAUCAACAAUUCAACUGGAAAUAAGGGCCAAAUUUUCACAGAAUAAAUACUUUUUGGUGUAAAAUGGA